AUGUCCUCCCUACCAUCCCAUAACCCCUACAACACCCCGACCCUCCCAAACUUCACCCGCUACAUCACCGGCCACGACGCAAACGGUACCGCGAUAGUCCACAGCGCCACGGAAAGUGCCUUCCGAGAAUACGACAGCGGUAGCUUCCGUUUCAAUGUCCCGUUCACAACCUCCCAGUUCCCUGCCGAACUCAGCGGCGAUGCCGAUCUAGCCGCCCACGAGUCCUUGAUAGCGUCUGGCAAACUGGGCUUAGUUAGCCCCAGUGGGACCGUGUGCCGGGUUGUGGACUUUGCACCGUCGAAGUCAGGCACCAAGGGACUGAUGCAUCGGACACAGAGCUUGGAUUAUGGGAUUGUCCUGGAGGGAUCGAUUGAGAUGUGGUUGGAUUCGGGGGAGAUGAAUCUGUUGAAGAAGGGAGAUAUUGCUGUGCAGAGGGGAACAAUGCAUGAAUGGAGGAACCCCAGUGAGGUGGAGUGGACUAGGAUGGCUUUUAUACUACAGGGUACCAAGCCAGUAGUCGUUGGGGAUAAGGUGCUGAAGGAGGAGUUGGGGAAUCAGACCGAAAUUGGGCCCAGUGUGAGUGUAAGUAACCUGUGA